AUGCGCAUCGCAUCGCGCCGUGCCCAGCUCAUAGCGACGCCCAUCACCGCGACCUGCUCCCCGAGGCUUGCCGGCUACCAGUCACUCGGCUUCCGACGAUCCUUCGCCGAUGAGAAAAAGGGCGGGGCUCCCGAAAACGCGCACGAGAGCGCUGCCAAGGAACAGAUCUCCGACGCAUCGACCGACCAAGCCUCCAAGGCUGCCUCCUCUUCCUCUGCUGUAGCCUCCGAGGCUUCUUCGUCGCCCUCUUCGACUCCGAAGUCGUCCUCGUCCUCUUCCCUCUCGCCGAACGAAGACUGGGAAGAAAACCCAAACUUCAACAUCGAGAAGUUCUCCGAGCUUCCUCACUCCAACUUCGGCGUGAACCAACACAUGAUCAUUAAUGAUGAGUUCAAGGAGGCACUCCGACAGGUCCUCUGGCAGUUCCGAGCGCCGAUUCGCUAUGCGUUCGCAUACGGUUCCGGUGUAUUCCCCCAGAGCAAGAGUGAGGGCCGUGUUCCCACCGAGGCCGAGAUAAAGGCGAUUCACCCCAAGGCUCCGCUUAGUGUGCAGAGAGCUCAGGAUGGCACCCCCAAGAUGAUCGAUUUCAUCUUCGGAGUCACCUUCACCCAGCACUGGCACAGUCUCAACCUCAAUCAGCAUCGCGAUCAUUACAGCGCGCUCGGCUCCCUCGGAUCGGGUGCCGUGUCCUUCGUCCAGGAUCGAUGGGGCGCAGGCAUGUACUUCAACACAUACGUCGUCGUCAAUGGCAUUCUCAUCAAAUAUGGCGUUGUCAACCUCGACACGCUCUGCAGAGAUCUGAGCGAGUGGGACACCCUUUACCUGGCCGGUCGCCUGCAUAAGCCCGUCAAGAUUCUGCGCGACGACGCUCGUGUCAGGCUUGCGAACCAGAUGAAUCUACUAUCGGCUCUGCGCACGGCAUUGCUGAUGCUCCCGCCCAACUUCACCGAGCAGGAGCUCUACAGCACGAUCGCCGGCAUCUCAUACCUGGGCGACCCUCGCAUGGCCUUCCCGACCGAGAAUCCGCGCAAGGUGUCCAACAUCGUCACCAACAACAUGUCAAACUUCCGCCGCCUGUACGCGCCUCUGAUCGAGACACUCCCCAAUGUCGAGUUUGACGAUCCCAACACCCGCACCCACGACUGGCUCACCAACCCAGAGGUCAACUUCAAUCUGCGGCAGGACAUGGAUCCCGUCAAGCGGGGCAACAUGGUUAGGCGCCUCCCCAAGGCCUUCCGCAGCCGUCUCUACUUCAAGUACCAGAGCAAGUUUGGCAUUCCUCAGCUCGAGUUCAACAAGAUGAUGGACGAGUCCAAGAACGAGGACUCCACGAGCUUCAAGCGCCAGCAAGGUGGCGGCUUCGAGCGCCGCAUCGCCCAGGACGAACCCGAGCAGCUCCGUACCUACGUCCGCCAGGUCAUCAAGCAGACCAUCAACUGGCCCAGCACGACACAGAGUCUCAAGGGCCUGCUCACGGCUGGGUUCAGGCGGACAUUCCGCUACCUCGGCGAGAAGCUGGACAAGUAUCGUGAGGGCAAGAAGCCCAAGGAAGAGCCGAAGAAGCCCGUCUCGGCUCCAAAGGGCGACAACGUCGAGGUCGAGGACAAAUCCCCCUCUGCUGACGACAAGAAGGGCUCCAACUAA